UCGGCCUCCAUUCAUGGUGCCCCAUCUGUGGGAGAGCACGCUGCCCCUGCCAGUGACGGUGGCCUCUUCCAGCUGCAGUACAUGGACCUGGAGGAGUUUCUGACUGAGAACGGCAUGGCCAUGCACAGCAAAGGUGGCAACGGCUCCAGCGCCAGCGCCCAGGUGCCCUCGCAGAGCUCCCUGCAGUCGGCCGUGCCCAACCAGAGCUCCCAGUGCCCGCCGUCCUCCCCUCCGCCAUGUUCUUCUUCAUCAUCCUCCAUGUCCUCCUCAUCUUCCUCCUCCUCGCUGCUGGGCCUGGACAAUGUGCCGCCACCACCAAACGGACUGCCAGGCAUGAUGGGAGGGCCCGAAUGCCUACAUGGUUAGUAGGGUGUGUGGUAAAGGAGGGGAGGGUGUGGGUGGGUGUAGGUAUGUAUGUGUGUGUGUUUGAUUGUGUCCAUGCGAGUGUUUGUUUCUUUUUGACCAUAUGUUUGCGUGUUUUGCGUUGGUAUGUGUCUGUGCAAAUCUUGUGUGCGGAAGAUCGACAAUGUUACAAGAUGACUGGAACCGUCAUUGCAGUAGUUGCACCAUCCUCAACAUGCCCUAGGUCGGCAUUGGUUUUGUCCCCAGGCAGUUUGUGGAGCUCAAAGGCAAAAACAAGUAUGUAGGAGAGCCAAUGGAACGGCUUUGUGCUUUAUUCCAAAGUACAAAUGCAUCAUUGUGCAUUGAUGCAUCCGAAAAUCCCCAAAUCUCCUAACGUCUAGUGUGAAAUUGGUGGCAUGAUGCUUGCGGAAGAUGAGCAUGGGACAGGGGACAAAAAAAAUAGCAGAUGCUAUAUAAAAAGGGUAAAAAGACAGGGUAUAGUCUCAAACAACUAGUCCAAUAGACUUUUCACUGCCCUUUAUUUUGACACUUGUGGCUUUAUGGUUAUUAACCUCUUAAACUCUGACGCCCUCUGGUGCCAUUUUCUAAACCACGCAUAAUAUUGUAUACUACCUUCAUAAAGUACAUUUCGUUUUCAAAACUACAAAACUACAAACACAUGCUUUACAAUAACCAUCAGGGUGUACCCUUUCCAUGCAUACUAAAUGUUUGCACUUUUGGUGACUUGACCAACAUUGCAUACUCCAUGGGGUGCAGGGGGAGAUUCUUAUGACAUUGUCAGCAGUAAGAUUUGAGUUCGAUUUCCAAAAAGACAAGGACUGUAGCCUUCAAAUGAUAUGUCACUUUUUAUUUUCUGACAAAACAUUCUUGCCAGAUCUGGUACCGGGUCCAAAACAACCACUCAGAGUUUACAAAUACUUCAUACCAUUUUGCAGAUCUGAUAAAUCAUUGCAACAAUCAGAGUGACACCUUAGCUUAGAGAAAUAAACAAAUUCAGGAAUCAAUCAUAGAAAUGGUGAGGUUAACUUAAGAUCUCCCCUCCCCUCUUUUACCACCACAAUUAUUCAUUUUAAUGAAAUGUGGAGAGGAAAGGGUUAAGGAAGACUCUGCAGUACAGUAAAAACUGCACAGAGAGAGAGAGAGAGACGGAAACCUGUCACUCUAUCUCUCCCUCCCUCUUGCUCCCUCUCUCCCCUCCCUCUCUCACACGCUUGGGCCAUGUGCAGGCGUCAUGUCACGUGCCAAUGCAGAGAGCAAUGGAGCGAGAGAGAGACGGGAAGGGAGGGGCGGAGGAAGAGGGAGGGGUUGGAGGGAGAGAGGCAUAGAGGGGAAGUAAAGGAGAGGAGAGAGAGAGAGAGAGAGAGAGAGAGAGAGGGAGAGAGGAGAGAGAGAGGAGGAGAGAGAGAGAGAGAGAGAGAGGAGAGGAGGAGAGAGAGGGAGAGAGAGAGAGAGAGAGAGAGAGAGAGAGAGAGAGAGAGAGAGAGAGCAUAACAUUGCAUAAGACUAGCCUAGCAUAAAGAAGCAGAGAGAUUUACAUUGCAGAGAUAACACCACCAUGUUGCCAUACCAGUGUCUUUACACACUGAACAACAUUGUGACAUAACAUUUCAGAAUGACAUGUUGUUGACAAAGACUGAGGGAAAGACUGCUGUGAAAUGAAAGGUGAGGUGUAUUGUUUGUGUGUGUGUGUCACAAUCACUGGCCACUUUAAUAAUGUUUACAUAUCUUGCACUACUCAUCUCAUAUGUAUAUACUGCAUUCUAUUCUAUAAUAUUCUUCUGUAUCUUAGUCCAUGCCGCUCUGUCAUUGCUUGUCCAUAUAUGUAUAUAUUCUUAAAUCCCAUUCCUUACUUUUUUGUGUGUAUUGGGUAUAUGUUGUGAAAUUGUGAGAUAUUACUGCACUGUCGGAGCUAGAAGCACAAGCAUUUCGCUACACUCGCUAUAACAUCUGCUAAACACGUGUAUGUGACAAAUACAAUUUGAUUUGAUUUGAUUGUUAUCUUGUGGUGGCUAAGGAUAGCUGAAGUUUGUAGUGGCUGUUUAAAGAAAACUGAACCAUGGAUUACAUAGAUUACUUUCAGGGUGAGGAACCAUCUAACAUCAAGUUGUAAAAUAGGGAACUACUACUUUAAAGAUAAUGCAUAUUCUACUGACUGAGGGUAAUAUAGUAUGACAUUGACCAAAGGUAAAAGAGGGGAGAGAGCAAUGGCCAUAAGAAAGCUUAGAGCUGCAUGUAAAAGGUUGUUUACACAGCAGCAUUGUUCUUGGAUCAGUUUCAACUGUUUGCCCAAAAUGGUUGUUAUUAGGAUUGGGCUUUGGUGCCGGUUUAUCCUGGAUCAGCCAGCUAGCUGCCAGCUCAACCCCAUGAUGACUGACUGAUGUAGUCUCUGCCUCCACCUGGUGGCCGACCAGUAUCACUGCAGCCACCAUGCAGCAGACUGCUUAUAAACAUGUAAUGUGUGAUGAUGCCACUAUAAACACAGAAAUAACGAAUCCGCUUUACCUUAUUCUCGGCAUGCUGGAGGCUUUGAGCCUUCACCGUGGCCACGGUGUGAAGCAUGUGACCAACCACAAGUUUGUUUUUGUUGGCCUCUCUCCAUAUAGGUGGCCAGGUCAUGCCUCCUGACCUCUCGCCCUCCUCCACCACCUCCUCCUCCUGUCUCCCCGGGCCGCCAGGAGGCCCACUGGUCACCAACGGCACCGCUGACGUCAUGGUGAACUUUGACCCGGACCCGGCGGACGUGGCGCUGUCCAGCGUGCCGGGCCAGGAGGUCUUCGACCCCCGGAGGCACCGCUUCUCGGACGAGGAGCUCAAGCCACAGCCCAUGAUUAAGAAGGCCCGCAAGAUGCUGGUGCCAGAUGAGCAGAAGGUACUACAUUUCUUGCGAUUCUUGGCUUUAAAUGUAGAAGAAGCUUAAAGGUAAAGUUAGCAAAAUGAUGUCAUCAUACGAAGCGGGGCAACUUCCUUCUUACUCAAGUGAAUGACAAUGGGGACAUGCCUCAAGGGAGGGCACACAUUGGGAAGGGGCAAAAGUGGCAAGUUUGAACUGGUAUGUAGAUGUGCAUGCAAUAACAUGGUAAGAAUGAGGUAGGAAACUUUCAUAUCGCUUUCUGUAGAGUAGCUAAUUGUGACGGCAUUGUUAGUAAGGCACAAACUUGUAUAAAAACUUUAUAUGCAGUGGGGAGAACAAGUAUUUGAUACACUGCCGAUUUUGCAGGUUUUCCUACUUACAAAGCAUGUAGAGGUCUGUAAUUUUUAUCAUAGGUACACUUCAACUGUGAGAGACGGAAUCUAAAACAAAAAUCCAGAAAAUCACAUUGUAUGAUUUUUAAGUAAUUCAUUUGCAUUUUAUUGCAUGACAUAAGUAUUUGAUACAUCAGAAAAGCAGAACUUAAUAUUUGGUACAGAAACCUUUGUUUGCAAUUACAGAGAUCAUACGUUUCCUGUAGGUCUUGACCAGGUUUGCACACACUGCAGCAGGGAUUUUGGCCCACUCCUCCAUACAGACCUUCUCCAGAUCCUUCAGGUUUCGGGGCUGUCGCUGGGCAAUACGGACUUUCAGCUCCCUCCAAAUAUUUUCUAUUGGGUUCAGGUCUGGAGACUAGCUAGGCCACUCCAGGACCUUGAGAUGCUUCUUACGGAGCCACUCCUUAGUUGCCCUGGCUGUGUGUUUCGGGUCGUUGUCAUGCUGGAAGACCCAGCCACGACCCAUCUUCAAUGCUCUUACUGAGGGAAGGAGGUUGUUGGCCAAGAUCUCGCGAUACAUGGCCCCAUCCAUCCUCCCCUCAAUACGGUGCAGUCGUCCUGUCCCCUUUGCAGAAAAGCAUCCCCAAAGAAUGAUGUUUCCACCUCCAUGCUUCACGGUUGGGAUGGUGUUCUUGGGGUUGUACUCAUCCUUCUUCUUCCUCCAAGUUUAGACCAAAAAGUUUAGACCAAAAAGUUUAGACCAAAAAGCUCUAUUUUUGUCUCAUCAGACCACAUGACCUUCUCCCAUUCCUCCUCUGGAUCAUCCAGAUGGUCAUUUGCAAAUUUCAGACGGGCCUGGACAUGCGCUGGCUUGAGCAGGGGGACCUUGCGUGCGCUGCAGGAUUUUAAUCCAUGACGGCGUAGUGUGUUACUAAUGGUUUUCUUUGAGACUGUGGUCCCAGCUCUCUUCAGGUCAUUGACCAGGUCCUGCCUUGUAGUUCUGGGCUGAUCCCUCACCUUCCUCAUGAUCAUUGAUGCCCCACGAGGUGAGAUCUUGCAUGGAGCCCCAGACCGAGGGUGAUUGACCGUCAUCUUGAACUUCUUCCAUUUUCUAAUAAUUGCGCCAACAGUUGUUGCCUUCUCACCAAGCUGCUUGCCUAUUGUCCUGUAGCCCAUCCCAGCCUUGUGCAGGUCUACAAUUGUAUCCCUGAUGUCCUUACACAACUCUCUGGUCUUGGCCAUUGUGGAGAGGUUGGAGUCUGUUUGAUUGAGUGUGUGGACAGGUGUCUUUUAUACAGGUAACGAAUUCAAACAGGUGCAGUUAAUACAGGUAAUGAGUGGAGAACAGGAGGGCUUCUUAAAGAAAAACUAACAUGUCUGUGAGAGCCGGAAUUCUUACUGGUUGGUAGGUGAUCAAAUACUUAUGUCAUGCAAUAAAAUGCAAAUUAAUUACUUAAAAAUCAUACAAUGUGAUUUUCUGGAUUUUUGUUUUAGAUUCCGUCUCUCACAGUUGAAGUGUACCUAUGAUAAAAAUUACAGAUCUCUACAUGCUUUGUAAGUAGGAAAACCUGCAAAAUCGGCAGUGUAUCAAAUACUUGUUCUCCCCACUGUACAUGCUUCAAGUGUGCAAUUACAAUCCUCAGUUGUGACACCUCUCCUCCUUCCCCCCUUGCCAUCACAAAACGAACCCUUCCUGCCCCUCUCCUCUCCUCCUCUCUUCCCUCCUUUUCCCCCACACACCCCCACAACAUGCCUCUACUUUGCGGUGACUCCUGUAGGACGACAAGUACUGGAGCCGGCGCUACAAGAACAACGAGGCGGCCAAACGCUCACGUGACGCCCGGCGCCUCAAGGAGAACCAGAUCACGGUGCGUGCUGCCUUCCUGGAGCGAGAGAACGCUGCUCUCAGACAGGAAGUGGCCGACAUGCGCAAGGAGCUGGGCCGCUGCCGCAACAUCCUCAACAAGUUUGAGAGCCGACACGGAGACUUGUGA